UCAAGCCGGGAGCUGCCUUCUGAAAUAAUUCAUUCCGUUUUAGUUAGUCCUACGAUUUGUUUCUUAUUUGUGAAAGCUCGUCGAACGGAAGCAAAUCUCGCUUUACCCUUUUGAAAAAUAAAGGAAAAAGUUCGUAAAAAGCGAAAGAGCCCAUCGAAAUUAACACGAAAAGGAAUUUAAUAAAAUUCGUAUAGGAGAAAAAUGGUUGCCGAUAACAGCGAUGCUACUGGAGUUACCAUUGCCCCCGCCGACCAAUCUUCGGUGGUUUUGGUCGAGAAGGAUGAACUGCCAGUAGGCGACUACCUCCUGGUGGCUAUCGACAUAGACACCACUGGACGUCGUUUAAUUGACGAGAUCGUCCAGCUGGCUGCCUAUACACCUUCCGACCACUUCGAACAGUACAUCAUGCCCUAUAUGAAUCUAAAUCCAGCUGCGCGCCAGCGCCAUCAAGUUCGUGUUAUUUCGAUUGGCUUUUAUCGUAUGCUUAAGUCGAUGCAGACCUUUAAGAUCAUCAAAUCAAAGUCAGAGAUCGCCGCUUUGAAGGACUUCCUCAAUUGGCUAGAGCAGCUGAUGGCGAAGGAGGGCUCCCGCUCGGAAGGGAUUGUGCUGAUCUACCACGAGGAGCGCAAGUUCAUUCCGUACAUGAUUUUGGAGUCCCUUAAGAAGUACGGCUUGCUUGACCGAUUCACCAAGACCGUCAAGGCCUUCGCCAACAGCCUUAACCUGGCCAAGGCCUCCAUUGGCGAUACUAACAUCAAAAACUAUAGUCUGCGCAAGCUCUCGAAGCUCUUGUCCAAGUCCAAGGAGGACUCGUCAGGCAGCUCGGUCUCUCCAUCCGGUUCCGGCUCCGGAUCGGUAUCAACAUCCACGGAGGCCAUCGACAGCACCGCUGCCGAUAACAAUAGCAGCAGCAGCAGCAACUUUGAGAAACGCUCCGUCAAGAGUGGCGUUAAGUACGAGCGUGAACAGUUCGAAGGAAAUGCUAGCGUGCGUGCCAAGAUGGCUUUCAAUGUUGCCCUCCAGUUGAGCAAUGCAGAGCGCAAGUCUGAGCCAGAGUCCUCGGAGGCUCUGGAGAACCUUUUAAACGCUCUGAAGCCAUUUGCUAAGCUAGUUGGAUCCGAUGUCCAGGAACUGGACACCCAGAACGAGAACCUGGAGCGCCAGAACUCCUUCCGUCCGGUCUUUCUCAACUAUUUUAAGACCACUUUGUACCACCGUGUACGCGCUGUCAAGUUCCGCAUCGUGUUGGCGGAGAACGGGUUUGAUCUCAACUCCUUGAACGCCAUCUGGACGGAUAAGGGCACCGAGGGUCUCGACAUGGCCCUGCAGUCGAUCGAAACACUGAAGACCGAAGACAAGUCAGAGCUUAUAGAGCUAUUGGACAGCUUCUUCGAUCCCAAUAAGACCACAAUCAAACCGGUGGUUAAGUCGAACAACAAUAACAACAAUCGUCGCCGCAAUCGCCGCAACGUAAACCAGCCCGGGCAUAAGAACGGGAUGAUCAGCUCUCGUUCUACCAGCACCGAGUUCGGAGCCGGAGGGGACAAGUCGCAGAGCGUGUCCUCGCUGCCGGACUCCACCACCAAGUCGUCAUCGCCCAACAAGACUGCGGCGGGGCGUCCACAGCGCAAGCGCAACACCCGCCAUAGUGUCGGCAGUGUCAACGAGUCGAAGGUGUUGGAUGCUGAUGCAACCCCCAUCAAGGCGGAUCUCAACAAUACGGCCCCAGCUGCCAUACAGCCGCCAUCGCCCGCCCCGGUGCCCAUUGUGGCUUCAAACUAAACACCUUUUGGUGGCUCUGUAAAUAGAACUUUCGGGAUGAUAGAACACACGUAUAACACCAAUUAAAAAAUGUCCAAGUAAUGAACGGGAGAAGAAGAAAAGACUACAAGCGAACUUUUUCCUUAUUGAAGAACUGCCACAGAUCAGAAACAACCUCAAAAUUAUUGUGUAAGCACAAAAUUUCAGUGUACUAACUAUUACCACAAGUACGAAAGCCUGCACAACCCACACUCACGAACAUGUCGGUGAAUGGAUGCAGAAUGGGUGAAGUGACCGUGAUCGUCAUCGUGAUCUGUGUGUGGUAAUGAGUGGCACGGCUUCAAUUUGCUAAUUAAAAGCAAGAACUGUUAAUCGAGACGUUGUUGUAGAACCCGGGCGAAGCAUUUGGAGGAUGCUGCACUAACUACACGAGAGCAACAUGCAAUUAUAUCAUUAUAAUGAUGGAGAAGAAGGAAAAAGCCGCAAACCAUAAUAUGAUUGUACAGAAAAACCAAACCGCAGCGUUUAGGCAUAGUUUUCCAUACGAACAGAUGCACAAUAUCGCCCCAGGAUGGGCGAUCGGAAAAAUAGAGCCAGAAAACGCCUCGAUGAAAAUUUUGCAUUGGACAGGCCUCCGCUCACACAAGAACCAACAUAAUAUUCCCAUCCCACAGCCAGGCCUGGUCCAAUGUUCAAAACUUUCACAUUGAUGAACUAGACCCAAAUCCCAUAUUAUGUACCUGCGAACGGAUAACUCCCGACACUUACCACUCACUAGUACACGUAAAUGUUCAAAACAUUCACAUUGAUGACUAGACCCAAAUCCCAUCUUAUGUACAUGAGAACGGAUAACUCCCGACACUUACUUACCACUCACUAGUACACGUAAACUCCAAAUAAUUCAGCUGUCAUAUUUCAUAAUUCCAUACGUACCACAAAUUCAAAAUGACAAUGUGAAUCCCAACGUAAAUCUGUAUAAGAUGCGUGAAUAAACGAUUAAAAUGUAAAA